CAGGCGGUCGCCAGCGGCCGGGUCUUGGUCUUUUGCGCGCGCGCGCGCGGGAGCGGCCCUCCCGUGAGGCCUUGCAAGGCUGGGCGGCGGCGGCGGGCUUCUGAGGGGUGCCAGCCGAGCUUCCUGAGGUUGGUCGUGUCUGACUUUGCUUCCCUGCGUGAAUGCGGCUGCUGACUGAGUCGUUCAGGAUCUUAUGAAAAUGGAAAAUUAUGAGGCAUUUGUAGGCUUUGACCUUUGUAAGAUACCACUCUCCAGUGUUGCACAGAAGAUUAUGUCUGCUAUGCAUUCAGGUGAUUUAGUGGAAUCUGAGAAUUGGAGAGAGAGUGAAAAGACUGCAGAUGUGGUAGACAAAUCCAGUGUUAAAUAUUCAGUACUACUUGAAGAUGGAAAGAACCAAUCACUGGGAAAAAAGAAUCUUAAUUUUCUUACGAGCCAGCCAUCAGGAGUUUCCAUCAAGUUCUGUCCUCAGUCCUCUAGUAUCAGAGUCACAGAUCAACUGUCUGCUGAGCAAAACCAGAAGGGUAUCAGCUCAUCGGCUCCUUCAAGGUGUUCAGUUCCACAGUGUGACCAACAGACUUCAGUUCUGCAGCAAAUGGAACGUAAAAGAAAACACCUACCAAAGGAACACAUAACUAAUGAAAACAACAGAGAAAGCAUGAAUCUUACAGGAAAACACAUCUCAUGUAAUCAUUCAUCUGCAAAAACAAGUAAACUGGUGAUAUUGGAAGAAGAUGCUGGUGAGGUUGAAACCUACCUCAAUUUCAGGAACUCACAGGCAUUCAAAACUGAUUUUUGUGACAUUAGACAUUUGGAUGCUUUGGAGAAAAGCCAGCUGAUUGAAAUGCUCAAACAGGCAGCCACCGUGGUGGUAACUCUGAUGUAUAAGGAUGGCUCCACCCAGCUGAGAGCUGACCAGGCUCUGGUUUCCUCUGUUAAAGGCAUUGUGAUGUUACUGAGGAGCUAUCCAGAGGAAGACAGCAGUCCUCUGGCUGCCCCAGCCUCUGACAGUGUUCCGGAGGACAUGCCCAGUGAUCAGUGUAUCUACAUAAAAACUGAGCACUCCUCUAUCUGGGGCCAAGAGCAAGAGGCACAUCAUCAAUUUGCCAAGAACGUGCUGCUUGAAGUCCUGAAACGUAAACGCCCCAUUACUUGUUUUAACGCAAAGGAUUUUGUGAGAACAGUGCUGCAGUUUUUUGGUGACGAUGGCAGUUGGAAGUGUGUUGCUGACUUUGUAGGGCUAGAUCCCAGAAUUGCUGCGUGGCUUAUAGAUCCUAGUGAUGUUGCACCCUCUUUUGAAGAUUUAGUGGCAAAGUACCUAGGAAACCCCACCACACUUACAGUCAACAGCGUGGAUGGAAAUUCCUCAAGAAAGACUGUGAAUCAGGCUGUCCGUGCGAACCUGAGGGUACUCCACAGACUGACGAUGCACCUCUGCUCCCAGCUAAAGGCUUGUGGUUUAUGGCAGCUCUUCUGGACUUUGGAGCUUCCUCUGAUACCGAUUUUGGCAGUGAUGGAAACCCACCGCAUUCGGGUGAACAAGGAGGAGAUGGAGCGGACGUCAGCGCUUCUCGGGUCUCGUCUCAAGGAACUGGAGAAAGAAGCCCAUUUUGUUGCAGGAGAACGGUUUCUUAUCACAAGUAAUCAUCAGCUUCGAGAGAUCCUGUUUGGCAAGCUGCAGCUGCACCUGCUGUGCCCACAGGACGCGCUCCCCGUGACGGGGCUGCGGAGACUACCGUCCACGUCGGAAGCCGUGAGGCCCUUGCUGCUGACGCACCACAUCCAGGCAGAAGGGUCUUGGAAAGCCAGAGAAGUCACGGUGCUGCUCUGCCUUCAGCUCUCCACGGCACUCAGAAAAGACCCCAGCUCUCAAGUGUGUCCACCGCCCACACCCGCGGGUCGGGGCCCAGUCCUUCCUUCUCCCCCCCGACGCCACACUCCCAGCACCACCAAGCACACUUCCCACAAGCUCCCUCCUCAGGCAGGAGGCUCCCGGCCUCCAAAUGUGGGUUUUGCUCAGCUGGCUUCUGACUGUCAGCUUAAGCACUGCUUCCAGAAAGACCUCCUUGUCACAGAUGACUCUGAGGCCCCCGAUUGCAACCUCUUCCUUCACCUUGAUUUGUUUUCUGCCUAUAACUUACCAAAAUGCUGGAGAAGCUGUGGAGAGAAGGGAACCCUCCUAUACUGCUGGUGGGAAUGUAAACAGAUGCAGCUACAAUGGAAAACUGUAUGAAGGUUCCUUAAAAACCUAAAAAUAGAACUACCAUAUGAUGCAGCAAUCCCACUCCUGGGCGUAUACCUGGAGCAAAGCGUAAUUGGAAAAGAUACAUGCACUGUGGUAUUCACUGUAACACUAUUCACAGUAGCCAAGACAUGGAGAGAGAUACCCUAAAUGUCCAUCCACAGAGGAAUGGGAAAAGAUGAUGUGGUCCAUAUACACAGUGGGAUAUUACUCAACCAUAAAAAAGAGCAAAUGGGGACUUCCCUGCUAGCCCUUGUGGUUAAGACUCCUGGCUUCCACUGCAGGGGGCAUGGGUUUGAUCCCUGGUUGGGGUGCUAAGGUCCCACAUGCCGUGUGGAGCAGCCAAAAAAUAAAAAAAUUAAAAUAUGCAGAAGUCAUUAAAAGAAUUUUUUUAGAAAAGAAUGAAUGAAAUAAUACCAUUUGGAGCAACAUAGAUGGACCUAGAGAUUAUCAUACUAAUUGAUGACAGUCAGAUAGAAAAAGACAAAUGUCAUAUCACUCAUAUGUGGAACCUAGUUUUUUUUAAAUGAUACAAAUGAACUUAUUUACAAAACAGAAACAGACUUACAGAUAUUGAAAACACAUUUAUGGUUACCAAAGGGGAAAGGGUCACAAGCGAGGAAUAAAUCAGGACUUGGGUUGAAUAUAUAUGUUCUACUAUAAAUAACAUGGCAUCCGGUCCCAUCACUUCAUGGCAAAUAGAUGGGGAAACAAUGGAAAUAGUGAGAGACUAUUUUGGGGGACUGCAAAAUCACUGCAGAUGGUGACUGCAGCCUUGAAAUUAAAACAUGCUUGCUCUUUGGAAGAAAAGCUAUGACCAACCUAGACAGCAUAUUAAAAAGCAGAGACAUUACUUUGCUGACACAGGUCCGUCUAGUCAAAGCUAUGGUUUUUCCAAUAGUCAUGUAUGGAUGUGAGAGUUGGACCAUAAAGAAAGCUGAGCGCCAAAGAAUUGAUGCUUUUGAACUGUGGUGUUGGAGAAGACUCUUGAGAGUCCCUUGGACUGCAAGGAGAUCCAGCCAGUCCAUCCUAAAGGAAAUUGGUCCUGAAUAUUCAUUGGAAGGACUGAUGCUGAAGCUGAAACUCCAGUACUUUGGCCACCUGAUGUGAAGAACCAACUCAUUGGAAAAGACCCUGAUUCUGGGAAAGAUUGAAGGCGGGAGGAGAAGGGGACGACAGAGGGUGAGAUGGUUGGAUGGCAUCACUGAUGCAGUGGACAUGAGUUUGAGUAAACUCCAGGAGUUGGUGAUGGACAGGGAAGCCUGGCGUGCUGCGGUCCAUGGGGUCGCAAAGAGUCGAACAUAACUGAGUGACUGAACUGAUAUAUAACACUGGAGAAGGAAAUGGCAACCGACUCCAGUAUUCUUGCCUGGAGAAUUCCAUGGACAGAGAAGUCUGGUGGGCUGCAGCCCAUGGGGUCACAGAGAAUUGGACAUAACUGACUGGACACAUAUAUAACAUAGAUAACCAACUAGGAACUACUGUAUGCAGCACAGUAUACAGGGGAUACUGUGUAUCCUGGGAUAACCUAUAUGAGAAAAGAAUCUAAAAAAGAAGAAAUAUAUGUGUGUGAAUAACCAAAUUACUUUGCUGUACACGUGAAUCUAAUGCAACACUGUAAGUCAACUA